CCAAAAUAUUCAUAUUUUUAUGAACACUUAUUUUAUAUUUGUAACAAAAGCAUUGUAGUUUCGUUUAGCAUGCCAUGGUAGCUAUUUUAAACAUUUGCAUAUGUGAUGUGAUACCGAGUGAAUACUCUGUCAGUAGUAACGAACUGGAGUUUGUAGAUUUUUUUUUUUUUUUUUAGUAAAGCGAGAACGCAGAUGAAUUCCCACGUAUGCUACGAGCGUGGCCGCGAACUGUACAGCUAAUCAAUCACAAGGGGCGCGGUUUGGCAUUACCUGCCUGAGGAUUGGUGCUGUUGCGCAGUGUACGAACCUUAUUGUCGAUCGAUAGUAUUGGAUCUGCGAGGUACUAUUGAUGUUCCGUGGUUAGAAGCACUGCGGCAACAGACACAGGUUUGACCACUGAAAAAAAGUUCUACAAUAUGUUCAAUUUCUUUCGGAAAAGCCAAGAUGCAAAGAAAAUCACAGUCCCUGAAAUCGAAGAUGGUGGUUUUGUUUUACUCGACCUCUAAUGAACAAAGAAUAGGAAGGCCUCCCUUUCCUGUGUCUGAUUUUACCUAUAAUCCACCUUUCCAGGUACCUCAAGAGACUACACAUCAUUUAAAUAGAGAUGGGUCUGAAAACAAUAAACUCAUCAGCCAAACAUCUGACGGAAAUGCAGUAAUGGCAGAACUCCUCAAUGACAUCCCUUUCACCUUAGCCCCUCAUGUCCAGGAGAUGCAGAACAUUUGUAAAGAGAUGCCUGAAAGAGUUCCAUUAUAUAAUCUAGAAGAGAACUUCGCAAGAUUUCACUACGACUUCACCUUGGAGAAUUCUGUCCUUUGUGGUCUUUAACUAUUUACAUUUCAUUAUACGUGUAUUUCUCACAUAUGCACUUUAAGAGGUAUUAGAUUAGCAAGCUUAUGGGAUAUUAUCAUAAAGAAAAUACCAAGACACAUUUUAGAAGACUACUAGUGUAUGUUUCAGAUUGUUAUCAUACAAGCAUUUUAAUUCAGAGAUAUGUUUUCUGUUAAAUCCUGCAUGCUAAUACUCCAGCUUUGGUGAUGCAGAUCAUCAUUUCAAGCAGACUGUAAGUCUCCAGGAUCUAAAUAGUAAUGUUUGCAUUCCAGGCUGUGAUAUCACCACAUUUAGGGGUAAACAGAAAGCUCAGCUCUCUGGACUCCAGAUCACUUCAGGGGUUUGGAAAUUGCCUAAUGCAGUUUAAAAUAAAUACAUGUAGCUAUCCACUAAAUACCCAAUACAACAGGAUAUCCAGGGAACAGAUAGAAAAUAGCAGUUUCUUCUUAUUAUGUGUGCUUUGUCAAUAAUUUAAUUUUCCGAUCUUGCUUUUAAAAUGAUAUAUAUUCAACUAUUUAAAACUAUCGUACAGCAUAUUUAAGCAAAACACAGUCAGUGUUUAAUAUAUAAACACAAGUUCACUAACACAAACUAUCAGCAGAUCCUAAGUAUUUCUCCAUGUCAUAGUAGUAUAUCUGCAUGUUUGUUUUAAAUAAUGUAUAUAGUCUUGGACUCUUAAUUAACUAUUUAUAAAUUAUUUCCGUCAUUGGACUGUUGUUUUCACCUCUACAGGAGGACAUUUCAAAUGAGGGCAGAGCAGUAGUGCUCUGUGUGCCCUUUCAUAACCUGAAAUUCCUUCACCUUUUCAGACAAACCAGGUCUGCCUUAUCCUGAUCUCUUUAUUUCGGUGACCAGUGUUUAGGGACAACUCCUUGAAACAUUUUUUUUUCAUUGGUCACCUCAGUUCCAAGUAUUUGCAGUAAAGUAGUUUCAUAGUUUAUAGAACAGUUACAUGCAGUAGUGAUUUAAAAAACAAUGUAUGGGAUAAGUACAGGGAGUGGUAUUUGUGACAACAGCCAUUUCAAUGGUACCUUUUUUUCAUGGGAAAUACAUUUCUUGAAUUUGUUUGUUUACAAAUAUAUAUUUUUAUUAUUAAUGUGGUGAAAACAUAAUUGCAGAUGUAUCUGUCUUCAGAGUACAGCUCUUGGGUUUGGGGGUUUAUGUUACAGCCAUUAAUCAAUACACAAAUAGAAUAGGAAGGAUUUUAGUUUACUUUGUCAUUUCACUUUCAAUUACAUUAUGUACCAUUAGAAAGAUCUCCACUAAUAAAAAUAAGUGGUAUUAUCUGGACUUGUGAAAUAAA